AUGUGGUCCCCAAUGGAGCGACUCUUAGAACAACUGAAAGAAGACAUGCCCCAUCAUCGAAUUGUAUUCACUGGACACUCGUUGGGCGGUGCAAUCGCAAGUAUCGCCUCGACGGUUUUCGUUCGAAACUUUCCAGAAACUUCGAAUCGAACUCAUUCGAUUACGUUCGGACAGCCGAGAGUCGGCAAUUUACAGUAUGCUAUGACUCAUGAUAGGCUGGUGGCUGCUGGGAGUUGGAGAGUCAUUCAUGGAAGGGAUAUUGUAGCCCACAUCCCAUUCUGUGUGGAAAGUGUCGGCCGUUCGUGUGUUCCCUUCUACAAUCAUGGAUCCUAUCAUCACGGUGUCGAAGUAUGGUUUCCGGGCAAUAUGACAAAUCAGGACACGUUUAGAGUCUGUACGGGCACCCCGUUGAAUGAGGAUAAUUUGUGCAGCAACGCGCACCGCUAUUUCGACAUCAACGAUCACUUAUUCUACUUUGGUCAUCACGUAUCGGAUUAUGGUGUCAAUGGGUGUAGAGACCUGUAA